UAAACUAUCAUGGCGGAAAGCGGUUUAUGAUUGGUUUCGUCAUUCAUAACCUCUAUCAAAAAGUCACAAUUAACAUUAUUCUUGAUCAUCAUUAUCACAGAAAUAUAAGUUUAUAUUAUAUAAAAUAAAAAGAAGAAUAAGUAGUAAUAAUGAAAAUAUGAUAGAUAAUAAUGUUAAAAACUCUUUGAUAGAGGUUAUGAAUCACGAAACCAAUCAUAAACCGCUUUCCGCCAUGAUAGUUUGGAGUCAUUGAGUUUCAAAUCGAACUUGAGAUCUGGGAUUCGACUCGACCCAGAGUCGGGUAGAGUCAACAAAUCGAAUACGCUGCUAUUAGUGUACAUUGUGGUUUAACCAAUUCAAAACGGUGACAAAUCGUAUGACUUGGAACAACUACAUCAAAAACAACAAUUCAGAAUCACUACUGUGUACAUAUAUUAUUUAUAUUGUGUUGCGGUGUCGUCAUAAAGCAGAAACAGAGGGAUACUUCUAACUUUUAUUGAAGAAAGAAUAUUUUAUGAGUGUAUACUCUCAUAUGCAUGCACGACAUACGCACAUGGGCAGUUUCUUCCUCUCUUUCUCAUACGUUGAUUAGAAAAAUUUAUAACAAUAUUAUUUAAAUAUAACAUGGCAGAAAUAGCGGUACAUCUGAGAUCAGUCCGCGAUAAAAUAUUAUAUGCUGCUACAAAAAGAGAAUUGAAACAUCGAUAUUAUGAACCGCGAUUGGUAGCCGUUAGCAAGUUGCAAUCUGUCGAAUCGAUAUUAUUUGCCUAUGAAGCCGGUCAAAGACAUUUUGGUGAAAAUUAUGUAAAUGAAUUAGUGGAAAAAUCUUUAAACCCACAGAUUCUUGAACAAUGCAAAGAAAUUCAAUGGCAUUUUAUAGGCAAUUUACAAAGAAAUAAGGUCAACAAAAUUUUAAAUGUACCAAAUUUAUAUAUGAUCGAAACUGUCAGUAAUGACAAACUCGCAGAUAUGCUUAAUAAUUCCUGGCCAAAAUUUCGAAAGAGCGAUGAUAGCAAAUUAAAUGUUAUGGUACAAGUUAACACGAGUCGAGAGAAAGAAAAAAAUGGCUGCGAUAUUGUACAAGUAUCGACUCUUGUAAAGCACGUUAUAAAUAAUUGCCAUAAUUUGAAAUUCAUAGGUCUUAUGACAAUAGGGAUGUUCGGAUAUAAUAUUGCAAAUGGUCCAAAUCCAGAUUUUAUCUGUUUGAUAAAAUGCCGAGAAAAGAUAAGUGAUGAAUUGGGGAUUGAUACGAAAAAUAUCGAAUUAUCAAUGGGAAUGUCUAACGACUAUGAACAUGCGAUUGAACUUGGCAGUACAAAUGUAAGAGUAGGAACAGCCAUUUUUGGUAAUAGACCGCAAAAGAAUACCUUGUAAAGAAAUGAUAUAAGAAUUAUAAUAUAUUUUUCUUUUUUUUGCUCAUUUUAAAAUAAAAUAAAAAUGGUAAAGGUAAAUGAUGAAUUUUACUAGUAACGAAAUAAAUUUAUUUGUAUAUAUAUUUUAUCUUCCGCAAUGGAUGAUAUUGCAUCUGAUACAUGAUGUGAUAUAUUAAAUUGUAAUUACUAUACUAAACAGAUUGCAACAUUUUUUUUUCAAUGAAUUUUAAAACGUGAAAAUUGUGAAAACAAUUCUGUAAAAUUCUUGCAUUUUGUAAUAUCAAGAAAAAGUGUUAUAUAUAAUUUAUCUUAGCCUAAGUUCCGAAACUGGUAUAAAAUUUUCUUUCCGAGGAAAAUUUUACUCGAUGGCCGGCUUGGAACCAAUCAGAAAUGUUCAAGAAAGUUUUGGAACGGCCAUCGAGUAAAAUUUUCCUCGGAGAGUACGUUUUGGAAUGUAGCCUUGAUAUGUAAUCAACAUAUAUAUAGAUAUAUAGAAUAGAUGUAUACAAUACAUAACAUAUACAUAUAUAUUAAGUUAUAUGUUCCGUAAUUCGCACGAUUACAUAUUAUAGCGUUAUUUGGUGAAAAGUGAAUCAAAAAAUCCAAUCUUUUCUUUUUUAUUUUAAGAAAUUCUUAAUGAAAAGAAAAAUUAAAAAGUUUAGCCAAUCAGCGUUGUUUUUUAGUCAGGCAUGUUUAUGAAUCACGCGUCGGAUAGUGUAGCCACGCGCACACACUAUUAGCCGCGCGUCGCGAUUAUCAUAUUUUAUUAAGGAAUAAUGCUAUAUGUCUUGGUGGGUAUAAAUUACACUUUGUGUAUGUAUGUAUACACAUAAAAUAAAAAUAGAUGUAUAAAA